UAGGCCUAAAUUGUAAAAAAAUAACAACAAUAGGUUUAGGUUAGGUAAGGGUAAGGUAUAUAAUUAAUUGAUUACAGAUUGAUUGUGAUGAUAUGGUGAGGUGGUGUGUUGAUGUUUGGAAGACAGUGUUGGUGAACAUAACUUAAUUUAAUUCGUUUUUAGGCCUACUUGUUGUCUAUUGCCAAGUUACUAGGCAGGCAUGUAAAAUGUAGGCCUAGGCCUAUUAAAAAUUUAUUAAUUGCGUUGGAUAACUUAUCUUGGCCAAAAAAUCUUGUAAAUAUUACACCUCUAAAUUGAACAUUGACCUAUAAAUAGCCAUUUCUAAUGCUUUUCAACAUUGCAAAUACCGGUACAAGGCUAAUAAAAAUAGACUAGGCGUAACUUAAGUUAUUUUAAAGUUAAUCAAUUCAUUUUUAUUUUAUUAUGAUUCUUAUCAACUUAAGAAUAAGUUAAGGUGUCUAGCCUCUACCCUCUCUACACUAUGUCAAUGUAGGCCUAGGCUAUGAGGUUGUGAUUUAGCCUACAUUCUGAACUGUUGAAUGAACGAAGACCUGUGUUUUUUUUCUGAUUUUACCAAAGAAUAAAAUAAUAACUUACUUCGGCUAGGCCUAUGAUGGAAGUCAACAAGAAUAAUGACUCAAAAGAAGAUAAGAAUAAAUUGCCUGAAAUUGAAGACGAAUUCAAUUGGCAGGAUUAUUUGGAAGCCACGGGGACAAAAGAAGUCCCUGAUACCAUGUUUACUCAUGUGGGACAAAGCUUACAAAAUGGCUUUGAAGAAGGGAUGAAAUUGGAGGUUCCACUCAAAGACAAACCUGAAUGCCAUUGGGUUGCAACUGUAGUUAUGGCCUGUGGCCCUCUUCUUAGGUUGCGCUAUGAGGGAGAGACAGACCGCAGAAAGGACUUCUGGUGUGACAUGACCAAGGUAGUAGCUCAUCCAUUAGGCUGGUGUGAGGCCAAUAGACAUACUUUGGAGCCCCCAGACUGUUUGACAGACCAUAUCAAUGUUUUGGAGGUUAAACAAAAACUUAAAGAUGCUGUCAGUGUCCCUCCUGAACUGCUCUCUGGGGAUGGAUGUACACCUGUAGAUCGUAUCAAGUCUGGUAUGAAAGUGGAGGUGCAAGACCCAGCAGACCCUUACCGUAUGUGGGUUGCCACAAUAAUUGAGAAUGUUGGUGGACGCUUGUUGCUUCGCUACGACAUGCCUGAAGGAGUUAGUUUAAAAGAUUUUUGGCUCUUCUACUCAUCUACAAGAAUCUAUCCCAUGGGUUGGGCAAAUGAAAGAGGUCCUCCAUGGGUUCUUCGCAAGCCAAGCACCAUCUCAUCAAAUCACAAAGCAGAUGAGUGGCAAGCAGUUCUUGAAAGAAGUAAAGCAGAAGCUGCUAAACUACCAUUUCCAAGAGAUAUUCUGAACAAGUCUCGCAAGUCACUGUGUCCUCAUGAUGUGGCUAUUGGCAACAAGAUGGAAGCUAUCCACCCUGGCAACAUGACUGACAUCUGUCCGGCUACUGUGGUCAAGAUAUUUGACAGCUAUUACUUCCUUGUGGCCAUUGAUGUGAUGGGAGUCACAGAGAACCAUCAACUCACAUGGCUUGCCACCUCCACACACCCCUAUAUAUUUCCUGUGGGAUGGGCGGCUCAACAUCGGCUGAAGGUAACUCACCCUCGAGGCUGGACGUGUGGUGAGGAUGAGUUUGACUGGACGGCGUAUCUGAUAGCAACAGACAGUGCUGCGGCCGUGUUGCCACCACGAGCAGUAGCCACACACGGUGUAGAGCCAGACAUGAAGCUAGAGGCAGUAGACACUGACUGUCCACACCACAUCUGUGUAGCUACUGUACGCCAGACCACUGACCACCUGCUCUGGAUACAUCUAGAGUCCGUCAACACACUCAUACAGAAGAACAUCAAUGAGCGGUUCUGGACAUGUUUCAAACAAACCAAGGCCGUCAGUUGGGAUUCUCUUGACAUUUUCCCGGUGGGAUGGUGUGAUAGCAACUCUUAUCCCUUGAAGGCUCCAAAAAUGACAUCUCAAGUCGUUCUCAACAAAUCAUCUAAGAGAGAAGAGACUCCAAAAAAGGCGCAAAGCUCUACAGAGAAAUCAAGCUCGUGGUGUCCCAAGAUUUACUUCAAUCACACGUGUUUCUCUGGACCCUUCCUGUCCAAGAAUCGUCUGGCAGGAUUGCCUCGCCAUGUGGGGCCUGGACCUGUUGUCCUCGUUAUGAAGGAGGUUCUGUCUAUGCUGAUAUCAGUGGCUUAUGUCAGCUCACGAGUGUUGAAGGAGCUUCAGUGUUCUGGUCCUGCUCGACCUGGAAUGCAUCAGGAGAUACUCAAGGCAAAAUACAAGACCAAUGUGUACCGAGCGUCUGUGGAGAUCUGCACGUCUGCAGACAAGGUUGGUGAGUUCUGCAUGGAGGUGUGCCGUAAGCUGCAGGUCUGUCCACACCUCAUCAGCCCUGAGCCUGUGGGCUUCAACUGUCCGGAAAAGUGUCACACACUCUCGAAAACUAGAUUCUUGUCCGUGUCAACAGCGUCUUCUCAAUCUACUCUGACAGGCCAACGCAAGCCAGGUCGGCCGCCAGACUCCCGCAAGAACACUCAGUUCCAGUGGCCGCGCAGACCUCCCUCCACACGCAGGGAGUACCUGUCUGCGUUCAAGAAGGGGGACAAAUCUGAUGGUCUGAGUGACUCACGCAGUGCCAAUGAAGACGAACCCCCGAAGGACAAGAGGAUGCGUUAUGAAACUCGAGGCAUCAAACUUCCCAACUUUGGUCUCAAAUCUAGUCAGAUCAGACAAUCUUUAGGAAAUGGUGAUGUUAAAAGCAACACUUCUGUGUCAUUAUCAGAGAUGUCAGUUAGUAAAUCAAUGAAUUAUUCAGAAGGCAGAUUUGACCUCGGCUCCAAUCACUUACCGGGUCCAAAGAAGCGAGGGCGAAGAUCUAAAGCUGAGACUGAAAGACUAAAAAAGGUUGAAGAACUGGUUCAGGAAACAAAGAUGGAUGAUUCCCAGUACCAUGUGGAAACAAAUCCUUUGCGGUGGACUGUAGAAGAUGUGUACCAAUACAUGAAACGCACACAAGACUGUGAUAUCCUCGCCAACCUUCUACGAGAUGAGGAGUUUGAUGGCAAGGCCUUGAUGCUGUUGAACCUUCCAUCGUGUCUAGAGGAGCUAAAUCUUAACCACAAGAUGGCAUUAAGGCUGUGUCGACAUGUUGAAGCUGUUAAAUUUGCUUUUUACAGCAGAUUUGUUACUGAAAAUCCUUCUUAGACUCCCUCUCAUUGCUUGUAAAUAUAUUUAAAAAUCUACGUUGACACAAAAGAUUUACAGACAACAGUUCAAAAUUUGCAUUUGUGUCAGUAAACCUUGUUGGGGUCAUAACAGAAUUGUAUAAAGACAAAGAUUAUUGACAUGCGUUAGAUUUGUUCAUUUUACAUUUUAAGUAUUUUCAAGGAAUGUAUCAAAUGCACAACUUUUUUAAGUACUCUUAAAAAUUAGUUUUUAAUGUUUUACUUGGAGGUUUUGUGACUUCAACUUUGAUUGAUGAUUGUUUUUGUUCCUGAAAAUAUAGUUUGUACAUUUGC